CGCGACCAUAGUGGUGCUCACGACGACGGUUGAAGUGAUAGACCAUCUGGACUGAAAGUUAUCUAGAACAUUGUUCAAUAAGCAGUUUUUUUUUGUUUUGUUUUUAUUAUUUUUGAUUGGAUAUCCAUAUUGUGGGUGAUUUUUGGGUUCAUGGUGAAUGUUUUGCUGUUGUGCUGGUGAUGCGACGUUUUUUGUAGACGGUCGUUUUUUUUUUUUUUUGUUGUGCUCAGGAAAGGGCGGCCAUUUUGGGCCUCCUUUCCUCCCGCUUUCUCUCCCUUUGUCAUAUUUAGCUGUAUAAUUUUGGGUUUUUUGCUGUUGUCUACGCGGACGCGGACACGGCGGACGCCCCGGAGUAUUUUAAAAGGGACUGACUGCGGAUAUUCGGUUUCGAGCGGUGCGGUUUGGACUGCGGCCUGCGACAGGAGGGACUGUUGGGGGACGCGCAGACGCGCAGCUUCCUCCUACAUGGACUCUGAAGAAAGGCGCCACUGAGCGCUCCCCCGGGCCCGGACUCUUGCUCGGCCUCCUGGUUUCCCUGCGUUUCCGUGUUUUCCUCGCCUGAACAGGCCCCCCCCCCCCCGCACUGCUGGACACUGUCUGGAAGCCCGCUUGCCGGCUGUGCGGUCUGAGUCUCUUUCUGACGGACUGGGAACUGGAGUUGAUUUGAGAACAAUGUCGUUGGUUUCUGUUGCAUUUCCAUGAUUUGGUGUGAAUGUGGGUGUGUUUUUCCCACCUCGCGCGGUCAGUUUUAAACCAAAAGAGCCACAGAGAGAGAAGAUCGUCCGUUUAGCGCGAUGAUGGUGCUCGUAUUGCUGAGCAGCUAAGCUAGCCUGCGAGCUACCGCUUCUGUACAGUACAGGCUGUGUGGUUGUAGCGCCCCCCUCCCCUCCUUUGUCGGGCCUCUCUGUCUCUGGGCCGCGUGGUCUGUUCUGCUUAACAAAAUGUCUUGUGUACAUUACAAGUUCUCCGCCAAACUCAACUACGACACGGUGACCUUCGACGGGCUCCACAUCACGCUGAGCGACCUGAAGCGCCAGAUCAUGGGCCGCGAGAAGCUGAAGGCGGCCGACUGCGACCUGCAGGUCACCAACGCGCAAACCAAGGAAGAGUACACAGAUGAUGGGUCUCUUAUUCCCAAAAAUUCGUCUGUUAUUAUUAGAAGAAUUCCCAUUGGAGGAGUGAAGGCAGCAAGCAAAACAUUUGUCAUUGAUCGUUCUGAGCCUCCGAGUGGACCUUCUAAAGCAAUUGAUGAUUCUUCUGCUUCACUUUCACUGGCCCAGCUCUCCAAGACCGCCAACCUUGCCGAAGCCAAUGCGUCUGAAGAAGACAAAAUUAAAGCUAUGAUGAAUCAGUCUAAUCACGAAUACGACCCUAUGCAUUAUAGUAAGAGAACAGUGGGUCCACCUCCUCCAAACUACACCUGUUUCCGCUGUGGAAAAAAUGGACACUACAUACGGAAUUGCCCAACCAAUGGGGACAAAAGUUUUGAGGCACCCCAACGGAUCAAGAAAAGCACAGGAAUCCCACGCAGUUUCAUGAUGGAGGUAGACGACCCAAGCAUGAAGGGUGCCAUGCUGACCAAUACUGGGCGAUAUGCCAUUCCCACCAUUGACGCAGAGGCCUAUGCCAUCGGGAAGAAGGAGAAGCCACCGUUUCUGCCCCAGGAACAGUCGUCAUCUUCUGAGGAUGAGGACCCUGUGCCCGAUGAGCUGCUGUGUCUCAUAUGCAAAGACCUCAUGACAGAUGCUGUGGUCAUUCCCUGCUGUGGGAACAGCUACUGUGAUGACUGUAUAAGGACAUGCCUCCUGGAGUCUGAGGAGCAUGUGUGCCCCACCUGCCACCAGUCUGACGUGUCACCUGAUGCGUUAAUUGCCAACAAGUUCCUGCGCCAGGCAGUGAACAACUUCAAAAAUGAGACUGGCUACACUAAACGCAUGCGCAGGACUGCAGCUCAGCCGGCGGCUUUGGUGGUUCCUCCUCAGCCGCGAGUGCAACGACCGGUUCAGCCAAUCAGGCCCCCCACCUCUAGACAGCAAGACCCCUUGUUGGCCAAUGCUCCCCAGCCCACAUCAUCUGCUACACCUCCUCCGGCAACACCUGCAGCAGGAACCCAUGCAACCCAAACCCCACCAACUGCGACUACCCCCUCCUUGCAGGCUGUAGCUGCAUCAGGAGUCCCCAGCUUCAGCACCUCUGCUCCCUCACCUCAGAAGCCCGUAAAACAGGAGGAGCCGGCGCUCUCCAAGGAGCUUGAGAAUGUCACCCCAGCACCAUCAGUUAUGGUUUCAACUGAGCCCCCUUUGGCAGGACCUGUUACUCCAAAGGGAUACCUUGUGCCAGUGAUUGGUCAGCCUCACUCUCUUGGCCAUUCCAUUCCAAGAACAGGACAGCCUCUGCGACCCAAUCCACCGAGACCGAACAGGCCCACGUGGGACACCAGAAGCCGUUCCCAAGGCGACCGUCCUCGUGCACAGGUCCCAGCUGUACCAACACCCCUCCCUACCGUGCCUCCUGUCCAUGUGCCUCCUACCCUCUUUGCGCCACCACAGUAUGCAAUGCCCCAGCCUCCUGGCCUGGCACCACAGCCAUACCCACUGCAGUAUCCUACAGGGCAACAGCCCGUUACCAACUACAGCGUGCCUCCACCAGUCUAUCCACCAGCCCCGGCCACAGUGUCCACCCCAUGGAUUCCUCCUGGGACCCAGGCACCGAUUGCCAACCCUAUGCCACCUCUGACUUCGACACCCUUCCUGUCCAAGGAGGAAUUCUAUAGGCAGCAGCGGCGAUUGAAGGAAGAUUCGCACUGUCGAUUCGUUGCCAGGGAGAAGUCUAAGCUUGAGGAGUUCACAAAUGACUUUGCCAAAGAACUAUUGGAGUAUAGAAAGAUACAAAAGGAACGAAGGCGUUCUUAUUCCAGAUCUAAGUCCCCCUACAGAGGCUCAUCAUACAGUGGAAGCUCCUAUUCAUACUCAAAGUCACGUUCCCGGUCUCGGUCUCCACGUUCCUACUCCCGCUCUCUUAGUCGCUCGAGGUCCAGGUCACGCUCGAGGUCCCGCUCACGGUCCUACUCCCGCUCUCCAUAUGGCAGGCGUGGUGGCCGAGGACGGAGCCGCAGCUAUCGGUCUAGAUCCCGAUCUCACGGCUACCAUCGCUCCCGCACCCGAUCACCGUCCUACAGGGGGCGAGAUGGAGGGGGAACUGGAAGCGGGUCCUACCGCUCCCGCUCCCGAUCGCCCCUCGGGUACAGGAGCCAUACCCCCACGAAAAAGCCUGUUCCCCUCAUGCAAACUGAAACAGACCGCAAGUACAUGAACCCUUACCGUGAACCUCCACCUUAUGAUGCCAAAGCGUACUAUGGCCGAAACAUUGACCAGGGAGAUCCAUAUGAGAGGGAGAGGUACAGAGAGUGGGAGAGGGAGUACCGUGAAUGGUACGAAAAAUACUUCAAAAGCUACAAUAACCCCCCAGGCAAUAUCCCACGAGGUCGGCCUCCAGCAACUGGCCGGGAGCCCUUCACCCCAGAGCGCUUUGCACCACCAAGGCCCCGGGAUGGCUCACCAUUUGGACGUGGCCGCCGGGACGAAUUCUUGGGUCCUGGACACAGCCAUAACCUGAUUCCAAGAGGUCGCCAUGGGCCACAGACAUAUGCAGAGAAGUUUGCUUUCAAAGAAGCCCAUGGUUUGAGUAGCCUGGGUGCCACUGCUCCUGGCAGGGGUGGCAGUAAAGAGCUGCAGAAACCUCUGAAAGAGAGGGAGCCAAGUGGGAGUAUUACUGGAGACCCUAAAGGCCUGAAACACAAGAAGCAUAGGAAGAAGAGGAAGGGGGAGGAUGGGGACAUCUUCAGCCAUUCAGACUCCAUGGAUGAUGGCAGAAAAGAAAACCGCAAAGGCGAUGGCAUGCUGAUGGCAUCCAGUCGUGAUGAUGCUACUCCUGUGAGGGAUGAACCUAUGGAUAGCCCUACAGUUCCCUACAAGGCCAACUCUGAAAAAGACCGGAAGGAUAAGGUCAAAGGAAAAAGCGAGAAGGUAAAAAGAAAGCCAGAGUCAAACACCCAAAAAAAGGAGUCUGCAACAAAGAUAUCAAAAUCCUCCAGGGAGAAGGAUGCUGACAUGGAACGUGAGAAGUCGCCAAAAUCUGAACCGCCACUCAAAAGGGCUAAAGAGGAGGUCUCCCUGAAAGCAGAUCCCAUCAAGCAGCACCCGUCCCAGAGGGAGGACAAAGCACCCCCAUCCCGAAAGGUGGUGCAGAAGCCAGCUAAGCACCAUCAGGAAUCGAAGUCUGCAAAAGAGGAGCCAAAGGUAAAGAAGGAGCAUGCCAAAGAGCCUGCCAAGCAUGAAAAGGGCCCUGCCAAAGAUGAGAAGCCUAAGACUGAAGUGGAGAAAACCAUCAAAAGUGAGGACAGACCAUCAAACAAACCCAUUGAGCUCAAACCAGAGAAGCGGAAGAAAAAAGAUGAGAAACCUGCUGAUAAGGACCAGGAUGUUCCUCCAGUUAGAUCACCUAGAGUGGAUGUGACGGAGGUUGCAAAGGGGUCGCCUAAACUAAAGCCAAAGCCCGAGGUUGAAAAACCAGCUAUCCGACCUCUAAUGGAGAAGGAGGUCAAGCCUGUGCCUAUGAGGAAGAUCAAGAUUAACCGGGAGAUUGGCAAGAAGAUUGGGUGUGCAGACACCAUGCCUGUAGUUGAGGAACCUGUAGAUGGUGCAGCAAGGAGCAAGUCUGAGAAGACCAAGGGCAAGGUUCGAAGGAAAAUCCCAGCUCCUGAUGGCUCAGGCUCACUACUUGUAGAUUAUACCAGCACCAGCUCCACUGGGGGUAGUCCCAUCAAGAAGUCAGAGGAGAAGCUGGACCUGAAGAAGACUGUGGUAAAAACACUGGAAGAGUACACCAAUGACAGCUCCACACCUGCCGAGGAUGAGAUUGUCAUGAUUCAGGUCCCCCGCUCCAAGUGGGAGAAGGAGGACUAUGAGUCAGAGGAUGAAGAAGCCAAGGUGUCGGCCGUUCCUGGUAACAGCAAUGUUGCACCUCUCCCUCCAGCAGCAGAGAGCUUAACUACAAAGCUCAGUGACAAGAAUUCACCCCUGCCGGAGCGAGUGGCCACUUUCACAAAGGAGACUGCAAAGGUAGAGGCUCUUCCUGAAACAAAGCCUGCUAAGGUAUCCCUAACAAAUGACAAAGAGAAAGAAAAGGAAAAGGACUGGGAGAAGGAGCGAGAGAAGGGGAAGGAGAAGAGCACUUUCGAAAGGGAGUCAGCAGAUAAGAAGCCCUCUGUUUCCAGCUCAGAUAGGGAGAAGAACCCUGAGCGUAGCAGUGAACAUGGAAGUGAGAGGAGUAGCUCCUCUGCUUCUCAUGCUUCCUCUAGGGAUAGGGCUGCAGACAAGUCUGACCCAGCUCAGCGCAAGUCGGGCAGCAAAGAUGGCAGCUCUUCCAGUUCUGACCGGAGACCAGAGCAGCGGGUUAGCCAGAGAGACCAUUCUGCCUCCAAGUCCAGAGAUCCAGCCAGGAGAAGGGACUCGCCACCCUCAUCAAGAGAAGCAAGCCAGCCUCUGAGGGGUCGAGACCGAGAUGCACGCACAGAUUCCACAAAGAGGGGUCCGGGUGUCUCGGAGUCUCGAAGGGCCGAGCACAGCCCUACCCGGGAUAAGAGGGUGUCCCAGAGUGCCCCAGAGCCCUCGAGACAGGCGUUGGCUGACCAAAAGUCGGACAGGCCUUCCAGCAAAGAGAGGCCAGGCAGCAGGCACCAGGAGACACGGGAUGCCAAGGUCUCGAAAGACCGGGAGCACAGCGCCCACAAGGCACCCCACCAGUCUGGCUCUCCUGAGGCCAAGGCAGAUAUGGAGCGGUCUGGUGGUCGUGUGGAGCGUGACCACAGCAAGGCUAAGCCCCCCUCGGCGCGCUCAGCCAGACUGUCCUCCGACUUGGCUCGUGAGACUGAUGAGGCAGCCUUUGUCCCUGACUACAGUGAGAGUGACAGCGAGGCAUCGGAUGUUGAAGGGAAGGCAGAGUCCAAGAGUAAGGAGAAGGGGCCAGAGAGCAGCCCCAGUGGCAGCCCCAGCCCUUCUCGCUCAGGCAGUCACGCCCGUAGCAGCAGUGCCAGCUCCGGCGGUAGCCAGGACAGUAAGAAAAAGAGGAAGGACAAGAAAGAAAAGAAGGACAAGAAGAAGCACAAAAAGCACAAGAAACACAAAAAACACAAGAAGCACACCAGCAACGAGUCAGAGUCUGAGCAGAAGGGGCAGAAACACAAGCAUAAGAAAAAGAAGUCUAAAAAGAAUAAAGAGAAGGACAAGGAUGAGAAAGAGAAAGAUGACCAAAAAUCUAAAGCGUCUGUUUGAGAUCUCAGACACUGGAGCAGUUGACUUAAUUUACUGAAGUCGCUUUUGUAACAGUGUUAUCAGUAUACUGUACAGUAAAUACAAUUUUAUAAAUGUGCAGGUAAUGAAGAAACUGCAUGUAAAGAGAACACUGCUGAUUCGAUGGUUCUUUUUCUGCUUUUGUCUUGAGGUUUGUAAAGCAAAUUUGUACAGAACUGUUAAAUUGACCAUGCAAUUCUGAGCUUUGGUGGUAAUAUUGGCUACUUGAACAGGUGAAGGUUUCAGACUUUUUCCAGUGAACCAGAAGUGUAAGGUUCUAGUGUAUUUAGUUUAUUUUAAAUACUUUCUUUCCACCUCAGAAUACCAUCUUUCAUAUCACAUAGGCAUUCUUUUGGGAAACAAUGCAUUGUAUAGUGAAAGCACUUUAUAGAUGUGAAAUUUGUUGCAUAGCUUGGUGGAACCAGAUGCCUUUUAUGUACCUCAUCUUGCAUAGGAUUGUGAGUCCAUUACCUGUAAAAUUAUGACAAUAUGGCAAUGUAACUACUGGCAGAACUGGAGAGUUUGUUUUACUGAAGACUGGCUUGGUGACAUCCUCAUGAGUAGUGGAAUUUACUGUAACUGUGAAUACUUUUCCCCACAUUUUUAUUUUUGCAUUGCCUUCACGUUUAAUUUAAUCUACAAGCUGAAAACUAUAGAGGGAUAAACCUUUCUAUGUUGUUUUGAUGAGAAUAAAUUUUUCAGCGAAACUUCAGGUGUUAUCCUUUGGUCUUUUUGUUGACAUGGGAUGAUGUUGACCUGUGCAAGGGACAGUCGUACCCUGUAGCAGAGUAUUGUACCACUAGAUGGUAUCUGUACACCCUUAUAAUUGUAUUUCUCCGGUCUUCGUCCUCUUUACCUGUGUAACUGGCCCUAGAGCCCUACUAGGGGCCGGUACACCUUUACUCACCAAAAU